GGAAGUGGUUGGUGUUGCUGUGCUUGUUGCAGAAAGCCCAGACGGACGGCCGAGCCUUGCUCGCUCCGCUUCGACCCCAUAAGCGGUGAAAUAACGGGUGGUUGGUCUCCCGGUGGCGCUCCGUACGUCGUGUCGUUCACGCUGUCGGACCAUGCCCCGCGCCGGCGUGUCCGUUGGAGGUUUCCGUGGGUGAAAAAGUUGCCAGACCAAAGGUUGACCUGCGCCUCCACAGAUGUGGCCUCUACCCCCCCCCAGCCUCCUGUUCACUACCGGAGAGGAUGCUGCGUUGCGUGAGCGGCUGUGGCUCGGCCUGGAGGGAUGACAGAGCAUUAGCAGACAUGGAGACGGGGGAGACGCACAAACAGCUGGAAACGCCACAUCUGCACAGCCGGGAUUCUCCCCGUUAAAUCCUCUCAGGACCACAGAAAACCCUAUUUUUAUAUUCACGGUUGAGCCGGUUUUGUUAGCGAUCGAGAAGCCAUACGUCAAGAGACUUCAGAAUGAGUUCAGAGGGCUUUCAGUACCGCGCACUGUACGACUACAAGAAGGAGCGGGAGGAGGACAUUGACCUGCACGUUGGCGACAUGCUGCUGGUCAGUAAGGGAGCGCUGCUGGCGCUGGGGUGCAGCAACGGCGCCGAGGAGAGGCCGUCGGAGAUCGGCUGGCUCCCGGGCUUCAACGAGACCACACAGGAAAAAGGCGACUUCCCAGGGACAUACGUGGAGUUUGUUGGAAGGAAAAGAAUUUCCCCGCCCACCCCCAAGCCCCGCCCACCCCGACCGCCAUCUGCUGCCUCAACGAGGACGGACUCCGAGUCGGAGAGUUUUGUGUUGCCAGAUCUGCCGGAACAGUUUGGACCUCCAGACACGGCGCCGCCGCUCCUCAGCAGACUGAUGGAGGCCGUCGAGGCGAGAGGUCUGGACAGUCCUGGUCUGUAUCGCAGCGCCGCCGGAGGAGUUCUGGACACGCGGCAGCUGGCCGACACGGACCUGGAGCAGCUGGAGGUGCCGUCCCUUUGUGACGGGGUGAUCCGGUUCUUGUUGGAUCUGCCCGGUCCCGUGCUGCCCCCCCAACUGCAAGGUGAAAUGGUCCACGCGGUCCAGGAGGUCCGAGACCCGGAGGACUGCGCUCAGGUGCUGCGGGCCGUGGCCAGCUCGGCCGCCUGCCCCGCCCAGUACGGUCUGACCCUGCUCAGCGUGGUCCGGCACCUGGCCCGCCUGUGUCUGCACGCCACCAGAAACCAGCUGAGCCCCCGGAUGCUGGGGGAGCUCUUCAGCCCGCUGCUGUUCAGACUCGCCGCAGGGUCCGAGUCCGGUCCGGAUCCUCUGGUUCAGGUGCUGGAGGUUCUGAUCACCAGCGAGCUCAACAUGAACCAAGCUGCUCCAGCUCUGCCUCCCAAACCCCCGAAGACGCCGACCCCCGCAGCUUCCAGCAGCUUCAACAACAGCAUGGCUCUGCAGGACGCCGAGUGGUACUGGGGAGACAUCUCCAGGGAGGAGGUCAACGAGAAGCUGAGGGACACGGCUGACGGUACCUUUCUGGUCCGAGACGCCUCCACAAAGAUGCACGGGGAUUACACGCUGACCCUGAGGAAAGGCGGCAACAACAAACUGAUAAAGAUCUUCCACCGUGAGGGGAAGUACGGCUUCUCCGACCCGCUGACCUUCAGCUCGGUGGUGGAGCUGAUCAAUCAUUACAGACACGAGUCUCUGGCUCAGUACAACCCCAAGCUGGACGUCAAGCUGCUGUACCCGGUCUCCAAACACCAGCAGGACCAAGUGGUGAAGGAGGACAGCAUCGAAGACGUGGGGAAGAAGCUGCACGAGUACCACCUGCAGUACCAGGAGAAGAACCGCGAGUACGACCGGCUGUACGAGGAGUACACCAGAACCUCCCAGGAGAUCCAGAUGAAGAGGACGGCCAUCGAGGCGUUCAACGAGACCAUCAAGAUCUUCGAGGAGCAGUGUCAGACGCAGGAGCGCUUCAGCAAAGAGUACAUCGAGAAGUUUAGACGGGAGGGCAACGAGAAGGAGAUCCAGAGGAUCAUGGAGAACUACGACAAGCUGAAGUCCCGGAUCAGCGACAUCGUGGACAGCAAACGCCACCUGGAGGCGGAUCUGAAGAAACAGGCCGCCGACUACCGAGAGAUCGACAAGAAGAUGAACAGUAUCAAACCCGACCUGAUCCAGCUCCGCAAGACCCGGGACCAGUACCUCAUGUGGCUGACGCAGAAGGGCGUCCGGCAGAGGAAGCUGAACGAGUGGCUGGGCCUGAAGAACGAAACCACCGAGGACGAGUACAGCAUGGUGGAGGACGAGGAGGACCUUCCUCAUCACGACGAGCGUCUGUGGCGUCUGGGGAACAUCAACCGCGGUCAGGCGGAAGCUCUGCUGCGCGGCAAGAGAGACGGCACCUUCCUGGUCCGGGACAGCAGCAAGCCUGGCUGCUACGCCUGCUCCGUGGUGGUGGAGGGGGAGGUGAAGCACUGCGUCAUCAACAAGACGAGCACCGGCUUCGGCUUCGCCGAGCCCUACAACCUGUACGGCUCCCUGAAGGAGCUGGUCCUGCACUACCAGCACACCUCGCUGGUCCAGCACAACGACUCGCUCAACGUCACGCUGGCCUUCCCCGUCUACAGCCAGCAGAGGCGGUGACCCGCCCCCACGCCGCACACCGGCCCACGAAGGACCUCCUGAGCUCGGCGUGGAAACGACGUCGUCACCUCCUUCUUGGACGAGGAGUCUGACCCCAAACCCUGACGCCAGCCUCAAAAUGACCACCAUGACGGUUUCCUGCAAACACUGUGAGAGCGUCAGACUGACGCCCCGCCCUCCCCCUUCGCCGGACUCCUCCUUCCUUUUGUGCGCCUGCUGCCGGUUCGGGCCGUUCAGAGCCGUGUGGCGUCACGUGCAGCAGCUUAUUUUUCCCAUGAUUCCCAGAGAGAAGCGGUACGAACGGCGAACGCAGCCGCAGGCAUCAGCCGGUGCUUUUGUGCUGCAGCUCAUCGGAAAGUUCAAAAAAUGACGCCGCAAAAAGCGUCGAAACUCUCCAACCUUCCUCCAAGAACCAAAUCUGCACAAAAAUGGACACAAAUACCUCCAGGUGGAAACGGUUCGGCUCCAUUUCUGUUCCUCUUGGUUGUUUUUUCCUGAAAAAUGCGAAGGUGAACCACAGCGACGGCGGGAAAAACUCCGCUCCCAACGCCAUCCCAACGCCACUGAUGACAGGAAGUGACCUCAGAAAGCAGCCGGUGACAUCAUCAGCUGGAUCCUGCAGGACAAAACCCAGAACAGCGCAGCGGACUGUCCCACUUCAAACACGGGGGGGCGGCGCGCACUUACCGCAUAAAGUCAGGCUUUUUUCUUCCUGCAUCUUUUCAAAUUAAAAGCCCUUUCAGGAACAAAAAAAGUUUGUUCUGGUGUGAGUCGGGCUUUUAUUAUGAAAGCAUCGUCUGUCUUUUUCUGCUGCUUUAAAACAAACCGGUUCGGUCCAAAGCGGUUCCGUAUCCGAACUCAUCUGAGUUUUAUUUACAUGCACUUCAGGAAAACAUCUAUACAUUUAAUCAAAUCUCAGUUUUAGUUUCAGAAAAUGCAAACCUAAUUAACACAAAUAAGAAAUUCGUCGUCAUGGAGACACAAACAGAAGUCUUCUCUAGAAAAGUGAUGAUUUGUGGACUAACGUCUCAUUUCAGGAUCAGCAUUUAUAAAUACUCAUUUUAAACAUUUUUUAAGCUUUUAGUUUGAAAUCUUUUUGUUUUCAUUUGACGUUUUUGUUUAAAGAAGCUAUAAAUAUUUCUGAUUCCAUUCUAGCUGUUGCCUCUUCUUUUCAUUUGUUCACUUCUUUCUCCUAACAGUAAAAACUAAUAUAUUUCCUCCUAAUUAGUUUUUUUUUUAAUCGUCUUUUGUCAUCUGAAGGCUGCAGGAUCGGCAGACGCUCCUUCAGAAAAUGUUUGGACUUCUGUACAUUUUCUCUGAUCCAUCGCCCCCCCCCCCCCUCCUUUUUUUUAGAUGUAAUUCAAAGUUAUUUUAUUUCCUUAAACACUGUAUUUUCUGUAUCAGAAGUUCUGUUUUCUUUGCUUCUUGCUCUUCAUGUUGACACCAAUAAAACACCAGAACCUACAAA